AUGGGGCUACCAGAACGGAAUCCAGAGACAGAAUCUUCCGCAACCCUUCUCAUGACGCUCAUGGAUGAUUUUGCCCCGACGGACCGCCAACCGGUCUUUCAAGUGUCUCCCGAAACAGAUCUGAUGAGUUUUGACACAGAGGAGUCGGACGAUCUGGCCGAAUCAGACGAGGAGUUUCACGAUGAAUCGUCCCCGUUGAAUUCAUCCGCGGAGUUGAUCAAAGAAGCGGAUAAGGCUACGUUGAGAAGAUACAUACAGGAACAUGCCUCCAGUGAACGGCAUGAGGACUCGCCUACAUUGUCAAAGAAUGAAGAGUCGGACAGCAUCAUCGAUCGAGCCCGUGAUUACCAACAAGAACUCUUUGAACGUGCGACAGAAGAGAACGUAAUUGCUGUUCUUGACACUGGCAGUGGAAAGACCCUCAUUGCUGCCCUACUCAUUCGUCAUUUUCUGGAGCAAGAGCUUCUUGACCGACACAAUGGCAGACCGCCCAAGAUCGUCUUUUUCUUGGUCAACAGUGUUCAUUUGGCCAGGCAGCAGACGCGGUUUCUCAACAACAAUCUGCCACACAAUGUCAAGGAACUUUUUGGCGAGUCGAACGAGGACUUGUGGAGAAAAGCGGAAUGGGACAAUAUCUUUGCCCAGAAUAGCGUUGUUGUCUGUACUGCUGCUGUCCUUUACCAGUGUCUCAUGCACUCGUUCCUGAGUAUGGGUCAAAUAUCACUGCUCAUAUUCGAUGAGGCCCACCAUUGCAAGAAGAAUCAUCCAUACGCUACCAUCAUCCGAGACUUCUAUCUGAAAUGGAAGGGUGAGAAGCCGCGCAUCUUUGGCAUGACUGCAUCUCCGGUAGAUUCGAAACGCGACAUCCGUCAAGUUGCGGAAGAUCUCGAGGCUUUGUUGCAGAGCAAGAUUGUCACGACCAAAGAUGCCUCGGUUUUCGAGUUCGCUCCUAGAGCCACAGAUGUUCGUUGGACCUAUGCUCCCUCGCACAUGGACUUUGACACUGAAUUGACUUGCAAUCUCUGGCCCCUCUGCGGUUUCAUUGAAGACUUGAAAAAGUACUUUGUCUUUUCAAGAUACGCCUCAAGACAACUUGGUACUUGGGCAGCUGACCGAGUCUGGAAAUACGGUAUACCAACCUCUGCCCAUGAAGUUACGUCCAUCAUCAAACAAUUCGAACGCAGCAAAGUCUACAUGGAUGACUCCGACCCUGACAGACGACGAGCCAAACUGGAAAAGAUUCAACAAGCCAUUUCACUUGUCAGUCGGCAUUACUUUGGUCCUCCGCGGUGUGAUGUUGACGGGGAGGUUUCAGCCAAAGUCAAAUGCCUCUUCACCGAACUUGAGAGGAGAUUUUCAGAAUCUCAAUCUACUCGAGCAAUAGUCUUUGUAGAGCAAAGAUUCACAGCAUACAUUCUCUGUGACUUCUUCAAGUGUUCGGACCUACCAAAUGUGAGGCCAGGCGUCCUUGUCGGCGUCGGCGGCCAAAAGAACGCAGAAGUCAGCCAUUGGAGAGAUCAAGAAGCGAUCAUGAAACAUUUUCGCUCGGGAGACAUAAAUCUCAUCUUCGCCACUAGUGUUGCCGAAGAAGGAAUUGACAUUCCCCAGUGUAAUUUGGUUGUUCGCUUUGAUCUAUACGAGACCCCAAUCCAGUAUAUGCAGAGUCGAGGUCGAGCCCGAAUGAAGAACUCGGUGUAUGCCCACAUGAUGGAAGAAGGAAACCAAAAGCAUGAGUCUACAGUCAACUAUGCAAUCGAAAUGGAUGAAUAUAUCCGACUGUUCUGUCAGAGUCUUCCCCCAGAUCGGUUACUGGGCUCAGGAACAAGAUUGAAACGACUUAUGGCCAAAACCUUCAGCGGCAAGAGCUUUCAGACCUCGUCUGGAGCUAUUGCAAGUCAUACCAACUCGUUGUUGCUGCUUUCACGAUACGUAGUAUCAUUGGAGAAGGUCGAUGCGAGGUCCAAGGAAAUUUACGAAGAGAUUAUUGACCCAGAAAAGAGUAUGUUUCAAUACAAGGUCAUCCUCCCUGCUAGUAACGACCCACGCGCGGCCCAGGUUAAGGGGGCUUUAGGGAUGCCUCAGCCGAACAAGGUCCUGGCCAGACGAUCGGCGGCCUUCAAUUGCUGUGUCAAGCUACGAAAAGCAGAACUUCUCGAUUCAAAUCUCGACAGUGUUUUUGUCAAAGCCAAACCCCAUAACUUGAAUGCUCGUCUCGCAGUCGAUGAAAAGAAGGAUUCGUACAAGAAAAAGGUAAAGCCAGACUUCUGGCGCGAUAGUGGCGCAUGCUCUGAUAACCUGCCUACGGAGCUGUUUGUUACUCGGGUACUGCUUGGAAGUUCAUCAUCCUCUGUGGCUACGAACAGCCUACUCUUGUUCACGCGCGCCCCUUUACCUAUCAUCCCAAGUUUUCCUGUUUAUGUGGACGAAAACAUUGAGAAACCUAUCUUCUUCGACCAGAUGCAGGAACCAAUACAGGUCAACAAGGAACAACUUCAAGCGUUGACCAACUUCACUAUUUUCGGAGUGCUUAAAGAUGUAUUUCAUAAGACCUUUGUCUCAGAUCCGAGUACCAUGAGUUACUGGUUGGCUCCGCCUACAUAUACAGCAUUCAAACCUUCCUUUGAGGCCAUUGUCAACAUGGAUGAACUUAUGGUCGCAGAAAAUACCGAGCGGCGUCAAUGGGAACCAGCUACGAGUCCAGAGGAUGCGCUCAGAAAAGCUGCAGAAUGGUGCCAGGCAUUUCUCGUUGAUCCUGGCAGUGGAAGGCUUCGCUAUUUCACUGAGAACGUGGACGAUACAAAAACCAUUUGGGACAAACCCCCAGAGCCUUCGAUCAAGAUUGGCAAGAGAUUCAAAGACAGCAUCAUUGCCUUCUCUGACAGUACUUAUGGGAGGCAUCGCAAAAAUGCAACAGCUCUUGCGAGUAACUACGACCCUCAUCAACCAGUCCUGAAGGCUAAAGUUGUGGUUUCCGGUCGAAACUUUCUACAAAAGUGCAGUCCAGAACAGCGGCGCUUCGACAGUUGUAUUGUCGCACCUCAACCGUUGCAAAUUGGUCGUAUAUCGGCGGCUACGGCAGCUUUCUGUCAAUUGUGGCCGUCGAUCCUGCAUAGACUGGAAGCAUAUUUGAUCGUGCGAGAAGCUUAUGUGAAGCUUCAUCUGCCUGAAGUACCACUUGAUCUGGCCCUAGAAUCCUUCACGAUGGAGAGCAAUGCAGCUGCAGACGCGGAUGAGCCUACGUUCGAAGACGGAAGUGGUGAAGCUCGCCUACAAAAGGCACCACUGAACUACGAGCGUCUGGAAUUCAUUGGCGAUUCGCUUUUGAAAAUGAUGACGACGAUCGCCGUGUUCAAUCAUACCACGUGUAACGAGGAAGGAAUGCAUUGCAAACGUAUGGAAAUGUUGGCAAACCGUCGAUUGUGUUCCACAGCAUCAAAACCGGAGUACGAACUCUACCAGUACAUUCGUGCAGCAUCCGAGCCUCAUUGGGGCACGACGUGGUACCCAGAGUUCAUGAAGCAAGUCCCAAGUCGUUCCGAGCGCCAGAUUCUGUUGAAAGACAGUUUCAAGUCACAUGGACUAGGGAAAAAGACGAUAGCCGACGUGUGUGAAGCUACCAUCGGGGCCUGCAUCAUGGCAAGCCAGGACCUACCUACGGAAGAGAAAUUCGAUCUCGGCAUUCGCGCCAUCACCAAGCUUGUCGACGACCCUGACCAUGAACUUCAAUCGUGGAAAGACAUUAGGCCACUGUAUAAGCCUCCGACGUGGAGUUUACAAACGAACGACCCAAUCGCUACCGAUCUGGCGAGAAGUAUUGAGCAAAUUACCGGUUACAGAUUCCAGCAUCCCCGAUUGCUCCGGUCCGCCUUUACUCAUUCUUCUGAUCAGUAUUCUACAGUGCCUGAUCUACAACGGCUUGAAUUCCUGGGGGACGCCUGUCUCGACUGGGUUUCUAUCUGGUGGCUCUUUUCGAGUAAUCCAACCAGGGGCCCACAAUGGCUGACUGAACACAAGAUGGCGAUGGUGUCGAACAAAUUCCUAGCCGCGCUGGCGGUCGUACUUGGAUUCCACAGACUAAUCUACGCUACGUCGCCGGCUCUCUACGAAGAGAUAGGACAUUACUCUGCCAAAAUCCAGGAAGUGUACGAUCAAGGAACCGUGGAACGUGACUUCUGGACUCGGAUAAACUCGGGUUCUAGUCCACCAAAAGCACUGGCAGAUCUUGUCGAGAGUUACUUGGGUGCGGUGCUUCUGGACUCCAACUUCAACUUUGGGGAGAUUGAAACAUUCUUCGAGAAGCAUGUGAAAUGGUUUUUUGAGAAGAUCGAAACUUACGAUACAUUUGCAAAUCAACACCCGACGACACAUCUUUUCGCUUUGCUCCGACAAGAAUUUCGAUGUCGGGAUAGUUCACCUGUCAACCAUGAGGAAGGCAGGGUGACAACGACCAGGGGGGAUCACGACGAGGAUGAUGACGACGAUGGGGCGGGAGACCAGUCGGUCGGGGGAGUCACCGUCCACGUUGCCUGGAUGGUGCAUGGUCGUAUUGUUGCCGAAAGCAGAGGACACGGGAUCAAGUACGCCAAAACAAGAGCUAGCAAGGCUGCUCUCAAGGUACUGGGCAAACUGAGUGUCGAUGAGUUUCGCCGCAUAUGGGGAUGUGAUUGUGCGUCGAAAAGUACCAUUACAAGAACGGGGGUUUGA